AUGAUGCGCAAAACAGCGCUCUUCUGCCUGCCGCUCUGCGCACUGGUUGCGGACUCUGUGAAUUUGCGGCACUCUUCCAGAAUAGACACCCGCAGCAAGCUCCUGUUAGACUUUCCCUUCUACCACACCUCCGACCAGAUCCAAGAGGAAGCAAGGGAGCUCGUCGCGGGCUGUUCUGCCAAGGCAACUGUCAAGACAGUGACGAGGGGGAAUGUGUCAUUAGAUUAUGUUCGUGUUUCGGGGCCCGGCCCGAGCUCUUCCCGACCGAAUCGGGUAGCCUUUCUCUUCGGGGAACAUAGCCGUGAGCUCAUUAGCCCCGAAAGCGGCUUGAUGUUACUGAAGAUGCUCUGCGGGCCCAGCUCCAAGUCAGAUCUGGUGAGGAAGGCCCUGGACACAAGCGACUUCCAGCUGAUUCUCAAUGCCAAUCCGAUCUCGCGGGCACGGGUCGAGCAGGGGGACUAUUGUCUUCGGGACAACCCACGGGGUGUCGACCUGAAUCGAAACUGGGAUGAGAAGUGGGAGCUCGGAGACCAGGCCAUGGACGGAGAUCAGUAUCAUGGAGAGAAGCCCUUCAGCGAAGUGGAGACCCAGAUGGUGAGAGAUCUCGUUACAGAGUUCAAGCCCACCACCUUCCUGUCUGUACACAGUGGCACGUUAGGUCUGUACAUGCCGUGGGCUUACGACAGCGUGCACAUGGCGCACCGCAACCGCGACUUGAUGCUGUCUGUGCUGAAGGAAGUGGACGAAGACUACUGCCAGUGCCCCUUCGGCGCAGCUGGCAAAGAAGUGGGAUACAACUGUCCGGGAACGAGCUUUGACUGGGUGUACGACAACUUGAAGGCACCCUUCUCCUUCGCCUGGGAGAUCUACGCUCGCCCUGUAGAAUACCAGGCUCUGAAAUCCCGGUGGCAGGAGAAGCUGAAAGAGUCGCCGUCACUGCUACAAGGUCAGGCAGGCAUGUCUCUGUUGGAGCUCUAUUCCGGCCACUUCUCAGACUUUGCUGGGCAGAGCCAGAGCCAGUUACUUGAAUCAUCCGAGUCCCAGGCAUGCUUCGACACGUUCAAUCCCGGCUCAGAGCAGGAGUACAACGAGUCAGUCACGAACUGGGCGACAUCCUACCUCAAGCUGGCCGUGCUGACAGCUCCACACGUGGCCUUGUUGUCAAAAUCCGUGGCUGUGUACGACUUCAUCAUCUUUCGGGGUCAAGACAUCAAGGACUUGACAGUGCUGGAAUCCGGGAAGCAGCCGGGUGCUGCCACUGAUCCGGCGAUCGUGUCCAUUAACCAAAGACCAUCAGGGAAAGACGGCAAGGGCGGCAAGGGAGAGAUCCCGUUCGGAGGAGGCCCUGCCAUGUCGGGAAAAGCCACGUAUGGGUGUUCCCUAGAUGCGCAUGACGUCAGGGGGCUUAACUUGAUCGCCCUCUGGAGAGAGCAAAUCCUCAAGAUCGGGCUCAAUCUGCUCCAGCGCUUCGGGAAACAGAUGGACGCGGCGGGGACCACGGAUGAUGCCGAAGGGGGUGGCGUGCUAGAUCCAUUUUCUGAUGCGGAGAAUGCGGUAGAAGCCGUGAUGGAGCAGAUCUUGCAAGAAGGAGGGAUCCUGCUGUACCAAAGCUACAUUCAUCGGAAGUCCUUCGGGUUUGCCGCGGAUGCCUUGUGCGAGAUUCUCAAGGGUGAAAUGCAACUGCGAUUCGUCCGACAUGAUACAGGCGAGUUGCAAUCAGCCGGGGCAGAUCCUUCCACACCGUCUGCAGCCCAAGAGAGCUUGAGACCGAAGAGCACCGAGGGCAUGCCCAGGUCGCGAGGCACUCUGGAGGUGGCUCCGAGACCCACAUCAGCGCCCGCUUCAUGGACAAGUGGAUUAGAUGACAACGAUGCUAGCAGGGGAGACGGAUGGUCUUUGGAGACUGAGCCGGCCAGAUGUCGAAUUGACACCUGGGCGCGUGCUUGUGUGCCAAUUCGGAAAGUUGGCCGGAAAGCUGAGGAGUCAAGAAAAGGCCGGGGGUCCGUCUGGCGGAUGGGAUCGCGUGCGUCGAUUGGAUCUGUCUCUGGUCCUGGAAGCAGGCCUACAUCCAGAUUUGGCCCGCAGUCUCUUGCAGAGGAGGUAGAGACGCCAAAGACCCCGACAGUAAGAAGCCAGCUCAUCCCACUGGUGGACGAUCGCGAAGAAGACGAGGAGGAAGCCAUGCUCCGAGACAUGAAGGAGCGAGAAGCCAGGAAGCUGCGAGACGAGCAAGUUCGCACAGAGAGGAAGGCGGCAGAGAUAGAAGAAGCUAUCAAGCUCGCCCAAAUGAAGGAUGACAAGAAGCAGUUCACACAUGAUUCUGAGGGCAAUGUGAUUUGGGUGCAGCCGCCACAAGUCCACAGAUUGCCCAACCCGAACCCGGCCCCCUCAUUCGUAUGCAAGCAGGAUGAAGUUUCUCGACAAGAUCAGAAAGCACAGCCAGAGAAGAGGGGUGGCCGAGCACGGGACAAGAAUGCUAAAAGCAAGCAGGACAACUCUGUCGAAUUCCAGGAUGGCUUCAGGAAGUUUCAGUCGCAGCAACCUCCCAUGAUGGAGGUGAUGGUGAUGUCUCCUGGUGUCGAACUGGAAGAGAGGCAUCGAACGAAGAAAGGGGAGAAGAUCAAAAGCAGUAAGCCUAAGACAAUGUCCCGGAAAGAGUACGAGGAAAUAUCUAAAGGAGGAGCAGCACCGCCGCGUCAAGAAGGCGCAGCCAAGGUUGCACCGAAACCUCAAGCUCUGAAGGGCAGCGCCGGGGGAGUAGCUGCCCUUCCCACGGUCGACGAGGCACCGUCGCAGCCCGUAGAGGCGAGCAGCAAGCGUGGCCAAGCUGCGACUGGCGAGUCGAAAGUGGUGCGGUCGGAAGUGGGUUCCGAUUUGGUCAAAGGCCCAAGUUUGGAUGCCGCCCGGCCGCUGCAGCCGGCGCCACCAUCUACUCGGCGUGUGCAGACGAAGCGGGACGCCUUGGGAUUUUCUCUGGGAACUCGGGAGCGUCUCCACAUCAACGCCGGAUCCCGCUUUCCCGGCUGCGCUGCCCAGCCACCUUUGGGUGCCACCAUGGGCCAUGGACUGGCUCCAAGCACGCAGAAGCAUCAGGAAUAUUUCUUUCCCGGUGCUUCGGGCUCAAUCGAUGUGGCAGAAGCCAUCAUCGAAGAGUCUGACCAGGCUCUCCCGGAGACGGCUGAUGGCCAAAUCGUCAGCAAGAAUCCUCAACUGAAGCA